CACCGUUAAGCUCCACUACUCAUCCCCCAUGAUUCCUUCAGGAAUAAUGAAGUAUCCCAGAGGAAAGCUUCCUCUUCCCAUCAUUGUCAUCACAACAUGUGUUCUUGUUUUUGUGGCUAUCUUGUAUGUAGAGAGGCUCAGUUUCCUCUCUUCCAAGUCCAUUUUCAAGUUCAAACCAUGUCCUAGAAAAACCACCAAAACAAAGUCUAUAGGUGACAAAAAAGCAGAUGAGGAGGUUGGGGUUGUGAAUGCAUCAACAUGGAUUGAUGACAGGUUUGAUUUUGACCCUGAGGAGUGCAAUGUUGCAAAUGGGAAAUGGGUGUUUAACCAUUCAAUAAAGCCUCUCUACUCUGACAUAAGCUGUCCAUACAUAGAUAGACAAUUUUCUUGUGUCAAGAAUGGGAGGAAUGAUUCUGACUAUCACCAUUGGGAGUGGCAGCCAGAAGAUUGCACCUUGCCACGUUUCAACCCAGAGCUAACCCUCAGAAAGCUUCAAGGGAAAAGGCUGCUAUUUGUGGGGGAUUCACUGCAAAGAAACCAAUGGGAAUCUUUUGUCUGCUUGGUAGAAUGGGUCAUACCUCAUAAGCAUAAAUCUAUGCAACUAGGAAGAGUUCAUUCAGUCUUCACAGCCAAGCAUAUUGGUGGCGAAUGUUUGGGUCACAAACUCCAAAUUUGCAAAAGCUAGCUAUUAAAAUUUUGAGUUUGACUUGCAAUGCUUCAGGAUGUGAAAGAAAUUGGAGUGAGUUUGAGCAAGUAAUUGUGACAAAACUCUAACUAUACUUUCUAAUUUUAUUUAAUUUUGAUGAUCAUGUUUUUGUUCAUGUUAUUGCCUUCACUAACUUGACUAGAUGAAGAAGAUGGGGCUUUAUUGGCCAUUGGAUAUUCUUCAAUACGUAGGACUUGAGUGGGGAUAUGUUGAGAUUGGGUGGUAUGAGAUUGUGAUUGAGGUAGAGGAGGAGGUUGAGGUUGAGAUUGAGUAGAUUGGGUGGUAUGAGAUUGAGAUUGAGGUGAAAGUUGAGUAGGUCGAGGUUGACUUCGAGAUCGGGUUCGAGGGCGGGUUUGAGGUUGAGAUUGAGUGAGUUGAGGAGGAGGUUGGGAUUGAGUGAAUUGAGUUCGAGGUCGAGUUUGAGAUCGGGUUCGAGGUUGGUCAUUGAAGCAAGCCUGUGACAUGUUUAACAUUGUAACAGCAGCAGACAACUCUGAUGUAUUUUUACACCUUGGUGACACUGAAUGCACUUCAACAUCAUUAUUAAUAUGAGGAAGUUUCUCUCCA